AUGGAUGGCAGUGUUGAAAAUGUGAACUUUGGAUCGAAUUUUGAUCUAGGUGUUGAAGAAACUCUGGUUGGGGUGGGUGGAGAAAGAAACCCGGUUCAGAGUUCGAAUUCAAGUGGUUUGGGGAGUAAAGGGACGAGAAUAAAGGAGAAAUUGGAGAGGGAGCUUAGUCCGGUGGCCAUAGAAGUGGAAGAUAUCUCUUAUCAGCAUGCCAGGCUUGCUGGUGUUAAAGGAAGUGAUGGGGAGACACAUUUUAAUGUAAAAGUUGUGUCUAAGGAGUUUGAAGGGAAAAGUUUGGUUAAGAGGCACAGGCUUGUUUAUGGUUUGUUGCAAGAUGAGUUAUAG